AUGCCUAGCCUUCGAGAUCUACUGAAGAAGAAGGACAAGAUCGUCGAGCAAUCAACUCCAGAAAACAACCUUAGCCCGCCCGAAUUCACGUUUAUUAGAACCACGACGCAGGAUUUCGAGCGAAUCGAACCACCAUCAUACCCGGAGGACAGCCAAUCUCUACCAGCCAAGGCGAAUAACACCUCAUCUCAGGCCACGGCCGACACAAACGGCCAGCAACUGCCCACGCGACCCAAAUCAGAACGACGUAUAUCCGGAGUGCUACACCUCCACUCUAGGAGCCAUUCGCGGUCAAACUCGGCAGAGCUCAGCGUGAAUUUGCCUCGAGAUCUUCCCGAAGCGCCAGAAGGCACAGCAGAAGCGAAAGAGCACCGUGAGGCACAAUGGGAAAAGCGAGCGACAAUCCUCGCGAAGAACAGUCCUCUUCGUGAUGGAGCGUUGCAGACCGCACAAAGCGAGGAUCGAGCACAAAACCGACGGAGCAAGAGUCCCAGCAUUUCCGACGCAACGGGCGAUGUCAACAUCCAGGAAGCGAUACGGCUACAUGAAGCGGGAGACCUGCCUCGAUCGACGGAAAUGUUCGGACAGCUUGCGAGACCAGACGGCGCAAAUAAUGCUCUGGCGCAAGUGCUGUACGGCCUUGCUCUGAGGCAUGGAUGGGGAAUCACGGUCGAGCCUCAGCAGGCUGUCCAUUACCUCUCACUCGCAGCAGCCAAUUCCGCAUCAAUCGAAGAGGAAGCUCUAGCCUCGAGCAAAAAAGGCGGCGCGGCCAAAGGGGAGCUGGUUCUCGCCAUCUACGAGCUCGCGAAUUGUUUCAGGCACGGCUGGGGCGUGAAAAAAGACGCCAGCGCUGCGAGAACGUACUAUGAAACAGCGGCCAACUUGGGUGACACGGAUGCCAUGGAGGAAGCUGCGUGGUGUCUGUUGGAGGGCUUCGGUGGACCGAAAGACAAGUUCAAAGCCGCGCAAUACCUGCGUCUGGCCGAGGAGAAGGGGAGUAAGCAUGUGGGCGAAAGUUGGAUCUGGAAGGAGAAGUACAACCCGCCGAAAAAGUGA